ACCUUCUCUUUAAAUCACACAAACACUUCACAUUCAGUUGCUUUCACCACAAACCCUAAAAUAAAAAUGGCAAAUGAUCAUUACAUCACAGUACUAUUACCGUUCCUUCUUCUUCUUACAGCACCUCUUAUAACUACAGCAACAGACAAAAGCCAUGCACUUGACGUCGCCAUUGAUGAAAUGACAACAGCUAACUACUUUACCUUCGUAACUCUCAUCAACAUGUCUCCUCUCGACGACAGAAUUCAAGGAAAUGUUACGUUCUUGAUGCCGAACGAUCGAAUCUUGUCGAAAUCGACAAUCCCUGAGAAUUCUCUCUUUGAUUUUCUUCUUCGUCACUCGAUUCCUUCGCCUUUGCUUUUCGAACAUCUUCAACGUAUACCCUCUGGUUCUUCCAUCCCGAGCUCGGAUUCCGGUUUCAUGCUGGAUAUCAACAACAAUGGCAGGAAGAGUUAUUAUAUUAAUAAUGUUAGAAUUAUUAGCCCUAAUAUUUGUACUGCAGGGUCUUCCAUUAGAUGUCAUGGGAUUGAUGGAGUUUUGUUAGCCGCUGCUGAUAAAAAUGUGUUGCCGAGUUGCCCUAAUGCUACGAGUCCGGCGGUUGUGGUACUUUCGCCGGCGGCUUCACCGGCGAAUGAUGGAGAUCAGAUUAUUAUGGGCGGUGCUCCACAGACUGUGCAGGACGGUGACGGUCCGAGAAAAUCAUCUGCUUCUCAUGAAAUGUCGAUGAAAUUAUUUGUGAAUUUUUCUGUUUCUAUGUUAGUAAUAUUGGGUUUCAAUUACAUACGGUUGUAACUUUCAUGAAAUUAACUGAAGUUUAGAGUUAAAAUUUUCUA